AUGGCAAACCCUCGAAGCCUAAUUGUUCUCUCACUAGCCUUUGUGUUCAUGAUCAACUCAGCCUUGGCCACUGCGGUCACAUACAAUGUGGCCAGCUUAGGAGCCAAAGCAGAUGGCAAGACUGACUCCACCAAAGCCUUCCUCUCCGCAUGGGCCAAAGCUUGUGCCUCUGUGAAGCCCGUUGUCAUUUACGUUCCGGCAGGGAGGUUCUUGCUUCGCAAUGUGGUAUUCAGAGGGCCAUGCAAGAACAACGCCAUCACCUUCCGCAUUGCUGGAACCCUCGUGGCCCCGUCCAAUUACGGGGUCAUUGGAAAUGCCGGUAACUGGAUUUUCUUUCAACAAGUUACCGGGGUUACAAUAUCGGGUGGAAUUCUUGACGGCCAAGGCACCGCAUUGUGGGCUUGCAAGGCGUCGGGCAAGAGUUGUCCCAGCGGAGCAACGACAUUGGGUUUUUCCAACUCCAACAACAUUAAGGUGAGUGGCUUAAUAUCCCUAAACAGCCAAAUGUUCCACAUAGUCGUCAACGGCUGCCACAAUGUGAAAAUGGAUGGUGUUAGGGUUUCGGCGUCCGGCAAUAGCCCCAACACCGAUGGGAUUCACGUUCAAAUGUCAUCCGGUGUUACCAUCCUCAACUCCAAGAUUGCAACUGGUGAUGAUUGUGUCUCAAUUGGCCCCGGAACCUCAAAUUUGUGGAUCGAAAAUGUUGCAUGUGGACCCGGUCAUGGAAUAAGCAUUGGGAGUCUAGGCAAGGAUCAACAAGAGGCCGGUGUGCAAAAUGUAACAGUUAAAACGGUUACUUUUACUGGUACCCAAAACGGUUUAAGGAUCAAGUCUUGGGGGAGGCCGAGCACUGGGUUUGCUAGGAACAUUCUUUUUCAACAUGCCGUAAUGAUCAACGUCCAAAAUCCCAUUGUUAUCGACCAAAACUAUUGUCCUGAAAAAAAAGGGUGUCCUGGUCAGGUUUCUGGAGUUCGAAUUAGCGAUGUGACAUACCAAGACAUCCACGGUUCGUCGGCAACAGAAGUUGCAGUUAAAUUUGAUUGUAGUUCCAAGUACCCUUGCAGCAAGAUCAGAUUGGAGAAUGUGAAACUUACUUAUAAGAACCAAGUUGCUGUAGCUACAUGUAGCCAUGCAGGUGGAACAGCUGCGGGUAUGGUUCAACCUACAAGUUGUUUGUAGAGGGCAAAUACAAAUUUUUGUAUUAAGUCUGAAUCAUCGUGAAGCAUAG